UUGUCGUAUCUCGAAUACCACAACAAUCCAUCACCCCAAGCCACUAUGGACUUGAUAGCGAAGGCCUACCCACCGCUGGACCAGCGCAAACCCUUCCCUAUAUUUUACCAGCCGAUUGUUUUUGCCUUGACCCUCAUCCCAUUUCUACUUCCCAACCGUCGCAUUAUUGCGGUCUUCGUCUCCCUUCCUCUACUCAUACUUUGCAUUCAAGCACCACGCUACACAGCUGGUAGUGCGCCAGGCGACUACUAUGGAAGCUCCACAUACAUUGCAAUUCUCCUCUGGUUCAUUGAAUUUGCCAUCUGCACUCCUGAGAAUGGUCCCGGUGAACCAAUCUUUAUCGGCGCACCGCCAGACGUGAAAACUUCCAAGAAGGAAAGACAAGCCUGGAGUCACCUUAUCUCCACAAGGCAAAGGCUGAACUGGGCAUUCUCACUAAUGAUUCCUUCGCAUCGCGGAAUUGGAUGGAAUUGGCAGAUCAAGAACAUACCAUCAGAUCCUUAUAGACACCUUGCCAAGUGGACCUACGUCCGCAAGCAUCUCACCUGGGUUCUUAUUUCGUAUGCUCGCUCAGUGCUGUGGCUUGUACUUCUGGGGUUUUCGUCGAACCUGCAGGGGAGACAAGGGCGAUCUAUCGUUUCCGUGGAGACUGCGGCGUUGAACGCAUUGAUCGGUUGGUCUGGCGGCUUCUGGGUCUGGGAUCGCCUGAGUGCCUUCUACAGCCUUUUAGCUGCCAUUUCUGUCGCCUUCGGAGUCUGCGAGACAUGGCAAUGGCCGCCGCUGAUGGGAGAUAUCAGCAAGGCGUAUUCGGUUGGCAACGUGUGGAGCGUCACAUAUCACUCCAUCAUGCGGAAGAUGGUUUCACAACCCGCUCUACGGAUUACACGACUCCUUCGCUUCCGCAAAGGCGGACUAGGUUCUCGAUGUAGCCAGCUUUUCCUGUCUUUCGCUUUCAGCUGCCUCGUACAUCAGUUUCAGAUGUUUUGCGUUACGCGAAGAGAUAUGGGUGAGUUUGCGUUUUUCAUGUCGCAGCCUGUCGCGAUCGUGUUUGAAGAGUGCGUGCGGGCGGUAUGGAGGAAAAUGCAAGAUCGAGGCCAGUUCCAUGGUGCAGGCCUCGUGGGAAAACAAAUUGGGUACAUUUGGAUGUUCCUAUGGUUCUCGUAUAGUCUACCAAUCUAUGUGAAAGGGUUUAGAGAUGCAGGGACGACAUCGGAUAUUUUGUUCCAGAAAGGUCCCAUGGACUUGGGAGCGCAAUUGGCUGAGAGGUACCUCGGAUGAGAGCCCUAGUUCAAAGUAACAGAAGUUGCAUACAUCACGGCGAAGAGAAGAGAGUAUGGAAACAUAUUACAUUAAUCAAAUAUGUGCGCGCAUACUUUCCUCCAUGCACCAUCUAAGCUUCAGCAUUUACAAGUCUCUCCUAGCGGCUGUUCCGUUGCGUCCAACGCGGAAGCUCUCGGGUGGUCCAUUAUGGCUAUACACGACCCCACCCAAAUCCAAGACGACCUUCUGAAGCACAACAUUCGGUUCUACAAGCCAGAGCUUCAAAGUAUGUGCUCCUGGUUUGACCUCGC